CAGCGACCGCCUGAACGCGUCCCGCUGCUUCAACAUUCGGGUCAGCUCCCGUCAAUUAUUUGCACAGCGCCUGCGUACGACGAGCCGAAAUUUUGGCCACCCAACCUCUUUCACAAUCCCUUUACCGGUUCAUACUUUACGAUGUGUACUUCUUUAUGAUGAACGCUUUAUGUCAUGGCAAACUGGAAAGAACUGGGCGAGGUCCCAGACUCGGACGACGAACUCGACUUCGAUAGCCAGGAUCUUGAGUCGCUACCGAACCCCGAACUACCUUCGACACGCACUGCCGAUACUUUACAAACGAAGGAAGCUCGAGAAAGCGUAUGGGAUGUCCCCGAAUCGUCACAAGAUACGCCAGCAGACGCGACUACAAACCGUGUAGCAUCAAGCCGCUGCCAUGAUGUGUCCAAGCCUCUCGACGCUGAGCCGCCCUCCUCGCCGCUCUCUUCGGUGCCGGAUAUGGACGAGCUGGACGACCCCUUCAACUUGGACUUUGACGAACUAGAGCCCCAAGUAGUUGCACCUACGACAAAAACGAGGACUGCGUACCUUCCCAACGACCGCGACGACUCCCCCGAUCCCUUGGCUGGUGAUGAUACUGUUUCGACGAGCUAUGUUAGAAUCACUGCUCCUGAACCCAAGUUUCCCGUCGAGAACGAUGCCGAAAGCCUUACGCCUCCCAACAGGCCUCCGGUGGCUUCUUCACAACUUAGCCAACAGAUUCGGCAGAGACGAUUGGUUGCCCAGCUCUUUGCAAGUUCGAGCCCAGAGGCAGAGGUGGCAGCUCCAGUCGAGCAGUCCAACCCUGGCAACACUUCGCCCCCGAGACCCAUGUUCGCCUUCUCAGCGCCGUCUCACGUGGCUUCUCCUGUAGCUUCUCCGGCGCCGACCCAGUCGAGGAAGCAGCCGAGGCCGGCGGCUAUUCAGCGGUUGGAAAGCUCGAACAGGGACGAGCAGGUUGCUCGACAAGUCGCUGUGCGGUAUGAGCGCUCGUUCAGACCAAGGAAACCCAUUCAGGAACACCCAUAUCUCAUUGAGAAUGCCCAAUAUAGCAAGGCUCUCAAAUCGCAUGGCAUUCGUCCCAUCAGAAUGCCUGCAGAACCAGCUCCGAGACGACAACGGCCGGAAGAAGAUUCCCAAGAGAAGGAUUUCGAGGACAACAGCCAGGGAACCACGGCUGAUGUGCCUAACGGGACCACAGACGAGAGCCAAUUCAACGGCCAGGACGUCCCUCCGAGUUCCAGUCAGCCCAUGUCGUCUCUCUCCGCUUCGCCCCUCCGAACAUCAUCUCCCAAGCACCGUGGCGGACCGAGUAGCCAACCAAGUCAAGGGGAUACGGAUAAUACCAGCUUCUCUGAUGUUGAUGACCUGCCCUCCCUUGACGAAAUUCACCGCGACUUGCUGGCAAAUCGAUCUGCCAAAAAGCGAAAACGUGGAAAAGGCGCCGUGGCCAAGCCUGUAGUGACGCAGGCGGCAGCCCCAUAUACGCUUUCGCCGUCGCGUCCGCAGUUUCAGCAGUAUGAUGAGAUCUACGGCAUGCUUUCUUCGCCGUCUUCGUCGCCUGGAAUACAAAGUACGGUGGUCAACCGAAGAGUUAAUCCUAUAUCAUUAUCUACAGAGAGCAAUACUAAAACGACAUUCUUCGAGGACAAUGACCUACCCAUCAUGGACAGCAACAUCUUAUCUCCUGCCAUAUUCGAGCGCCAUCUUUCUGUCGAGCCGGAGCCGUCAGUAUUCGACCUGACCAUGGCAGACACUUCCGACGUGGGAGAAGAAAAUGAAUUAGGAGAUGUUGAUGCGCAGAGCAGUUCAGGAGAGCAGUCAGAGGGUAGGAAUGGUGGUGGCGAGGAGGCCGGCGCGGCGAUUGCAAAAAGAAUGCGUGGUGUACUCCCUGCAUCCUGGCUGAGACUCGACCAACAGGCAAACCGUCCCAAGCCUACUCAAUAUCAACGCCCCGAUGACUCCCCUGAGAAGAUUCCAAGACGAGGCGUAGCUGUUCGACGCAUUGGCCGCUCGGCAUCAUCUACGGCAGCGGCGUUUCUCUUCGAUGAUUCGGACGACGAUAUGACCACUGCGCCGACGCCUACACGUCCUUCUCACGACACUCAGACGGUGUUGCCUUUCGAGAGAUCUGAGGUCAUGGAAAUAAGUGACGAUGAUGGUGGCUCCGUCGUUGAAGAAGAUCAGGUUGACCAUAUGCUUCCAAACAGAAAACGUCAAUUGACUUUAAAAGACUUUCAACAACCCGCCAAAAGGCAGAAAAAGAACGACCGUCCAUCCGGUGCCCAACCCAAAAAGCGUGGGCGACCACCGAAAAGUGCAAACAGAUCUUCUGGAGCUGCCUACCUUGAUCCUUUCUCCAAAAGUCGCAAAUCUGCUCCAAGCAAUACUCGAACUGUGGCCCGAGCCAAACCCCCUCCAAGGUUGAGCAUUCUGGAUGUCAUCGAACCAGAUGCGCCGAAGUUUCUGAAGAUCGCGGCUCGAGCGGCUCAGAGCAAACGGCACAUGGGACGAUCCAGUCCUACAAACAAGAGCAUACGACUGGCUACGCGGAAGGACAAUGUAGAUGCCGGCAGAGUGCUCCAAGAGUGGAAAGGAGGCAAGAUUCGACCUCGACCUGGAUUGCAGACGAAGAAGCCUAUGCCCACAGGGUCAAGUGAAAGGCGUCCACUUACUCAACUACCAUCCAAUGUCUUCUCUCGCGGUGCUGUAUCCUCUCCGAAGGCCCGCAGCGCCACACAGCCUGAUGAACUUCGCCGCGAGGGCUCAACGCCUUUGGCGCCUUUACCGGAGGCGCGCUCUCGGGCAAGGCUGAUGUCGAGAAGCAACUCGAUCACAAGUCAGCACACGCAAGAUACCACCAACAGACCGGCUCAGCUUGAAACGGAUUUAACCCAGCAACCGGGUAGAAUCGGUUUCCAAGCAAAGAAGCGGGCUCUCGAUGCCCUGUUCAAGCGAAAUCACUCGCAGUCACUAUCGUCGAGGAGUGCCCAUUUGGAUUCCUUCCUGGACGAUACAUCGUCAGUAGUAUCAGGGCACAGCCUUGCUACUAGACGCUCUCCUGAGCCUGCAGCAGUCAGGAAACCCGUAUUGAAGCGUCCGAGAAAGCCUGCACAGCCAAUCCAGAUCGAUGUCACCGCAGCCCAUUUCCGUCAUGCAGACGAUCCCUUACCUACUGUAGAGUUGAUGACUCCUGUGGAAACGCCUAAAGCCUUGUUCAACGAUAACCAGCUUCUUGGUCUCGGUCCUUUCGGCACACACUACACACAGCACUUUGACAUCUUCCCCCUGGAUCGCGGGGUCUUCUUCCACGAGACAACACUCAUCGGCAGCGGUCGUGUCAGCUCAGUGGUAUAUGACCAGUUACCCGCGAAGGUUUGGAAUUACCGGCCCCGAAUUUCUUUCAGCCUCGGUGAAAUGGUCCUUCGAUGGGACUUGUGGACCGAACAAGUCUCUUCCGAAUUCGGCAUCGUGAUGGACGGAAUCCUCGAUCAAAUUCUCAAGCCAUCACUGUCUGCGGAAGUCACAAUUGAUGCUAAAGGAGCGGCAAGAUUUGUUUUGGACUAUGUCCAAAAAGCUAUGAGCUUCACCAAUGAUGCCGAUGCUGGCUCCUUCAUCACUCGGGUCUCUGACGUAUUCAGGUCUUUCUUGACACGCUUCGAUUCUGGAAAUGUCACUGACUUGCCAAAACGUCGAGAACUGGCUGAGGUGUUGUCGAAUAUACUUCUUGUCGUCUCCUAUGCAGUCCGCCUCUGCCAAAAAAGCGCGACGCUGAUGACAGAGAGCUUUGCUAUGGAGGCGCUCCUUGGAAAGACUGCAGAAACACUGGUCCGAUUGCUACUCGAUAUUGGCCUGGAUGACGUUACACAUCUCUACGAUGACCUUCAGACCUUAAGAUACCGCGAGCGUGGCAUCCGCUGUGACAAGGUCGUAGCACAGUCUUGGGUGCUUCUCAUGAAGGUCCUAGAAUAUCUUCGGAUUCCUAGGAUGACAUUCUGGGACGUCACGUAUUCAUGCAUGAUACAACCAAGCGUCAUUCGUGGCAUGGAUUCCCAAGAGUUCGAGAAUCUCUGGAAGAAGAUGUUUACGCUCUUACCGUUGUGCGAAUUUGACGGGAAUGGUGUAGUCGUUUCCGAUAGAAGGCAUCAAGUUCCCCUGGAAGGAUGGAAUUUGCCCCAGCAAGUCCUCAAACGCGUCUUCCAACUAUACCGCGACAAUCCUCGCCAGUCACCCAGCUUCAACGAUUAUUGCCGGGCACUAGUGUCCCGAUGUCACUAUCUGGUCGAUCAAUGGGGUUGGCAGAAAAGCAGCGGUAUCAUUGGUACCAUCUUCGACUUCUUUGGCUCGCAGAACUUAUCUCACCUGCGCAAUGAAGAAGCAUUCCGCUCAGCCCGGUUCUUAGACAGCCUUCAUCUUGACCCAUCUCUUCAUGUUGAACCUGAGGAUAGAUGUUUUCACAUAUUCCUCAAACUCGUGGCACUAGCCAUCAAGAGGAUGAGACAAAGAGAGGCAGUCAACGACAUUCGGAACUUGGUUGCUCGCACACUGCCAAACCACGACCGUCAAUAUUCCAAAGAACAAAACGUCCACCAGCAUGACCUGGCCGCUCUCAGGAACCACCAUGAUCUUCUCUGCACUCUGUUCUGGGCAGCGCCACCCGAUCUUCGUCCCGGCAUCCACAACCUGGAGAAGCUGGUGAUUCCUGCCAGCUCUCACAAGGAAGCCUGCCUUAUUAAUCUGCGGGCCUGGAAUCAACUAGCAAGGUUCGUUGUGCAUGAGGAGUCCGCCGCUUCAUUCAACCCGUUGGCUAGCUGGCAGGCCAACGUGUUCAAGCAGCUGUUGGAUCAGUACAAUUCUGUCGCAGCAGAUAUUCAACAGCAAUUUUUGGCACUGUCCAAGGAUGACAGCAACAAUGUCAGCGAAGACCUGAUGAACUCUAUUAUGGCUACGAACAAAGCUGCUACCAUGGAGAUCAUGCUCUUCUCAGUCAAGUCCUCAAUGGGGGUUGUGCAAUAUGCAAGUAGCUUGGAGCUGGCAAGGCUUGCCUCUAGCCCUUAUCAACUACAGCAAGUCUUCCAGCAUUUCUCUGCUUUGCCAGCAGACUUCCCGACCACGCUUCUCCAAGCCUCUUUGACCACCCUUGAACGUCUUGUUGGUCGAAUCGAGUCGGUCUUCAAUGAGGCCGAUGACAGCCAAGACAGUAUGGCCUCUCGGACAUUGGAAUCUGAGGAUGCUAUUCUAAUGCUGGACCGCGAAUUGGCGGCUGCGUUCCUUUCAGCAGCACGCUGCCUCUUGUCAAAUCAAUCGCGUGAUAGACCUGGCACUUCAAGUGUGUCAACAUCCUGUAUUGAGCAAUCUGUCGUGGUCUCUGGCAUGAUGAUUGGUCUUUUCGUCCGCUGCGGAAUGAUGGCACUCUCGCAGGUCUUCAAAACCACCAAAUAUGGGCUAUUCGGGAAAGCGCCGAACAAACUUGACUGGGAACAACGCCAAUACCUUCCACUCUUCCUUUCCGUUGUUGCGCAGAAGGGAGCAACCAUCAACUUGGAGGAUAUUGGAGCAAGCCUUUUGCUAUUGUGGCUCAUGAUCAUCGUACAGCCGAGUCACUGCCUGAGAUUCGAGAACCAAUUUGGACAGCAGCUCCAACGACAGGGCUAUCCUUUCAUUCCAGACAAAGCAGGUCUCACCGUCAACCCAGGCUACUCGGCCAAUCGUGACUUUUUCGAAUACGCGGUAUCUUGGAUGCGGAAAUCUCUACAUACAGCCGACGCUGCCUCCAAGAGGAACAUGCGGUCAGAGUUCGAGAGAGUUCUCAAUGCUGUCAUGAACCAGAUGCGGGCUGAUGUUCAGAUCAUGGCCGCAGACGUAUCAGAGCAUCCGGGCUAUGUCAAGUUCGUCCGCAACAUCAUCUCCCUCAUCAAGGCUCAUGGGCCAGACAUCUGCCCUGUACAGAAGUUCUUCUUGGAAGUGAGCAAGGAGUAUUCGCCGCCCAUGCAGGACCCGCAGCUACAGGCAGCGUUGCUUCAGUCAUACGGAUUCAAGCUUGCAGAAGGCGACCCCAGAGUCCCUAGUACACUAUUCCACUUCUUGCUCAACAACUUCAAGGGGGCUCUUCAGCGUGGUCGACUGCCUUAUGAAGUCAUCCUGCUGAAAGGGGCCUUGGAGAAUGAUGCCAUCAUGUCGUUCGUUCUCGGCAAGAUGCUUCCCGCAGUGUUAUAUGCCACUGUAUCCCACGUCGAGGCCUACGCAAUGCUUGACGUUCUAUGCGAUGCGCUUGGACUGGCAAUAAAAUUGCCGCCUGUGGCUCGCCAAAUCAGCAAAGACAAUCUUGCGUGCAUUACUGCCUUGGUCACAACCACACUGGCUUGGGCAUCCGCCCUAGGGAGGAGCAUGCUUAGUCCUGAGCAUGUCCAUGUGCUCAGACGAAUCACUUGGCUCCUCAACGCUUUCCAACCUUCUCUCGAAGCGUUCUCAUUCAUGGCUACAGAACCUCGAGGCUGGGACAAUGUCAUGGCCAUGUUGCAUUGGUUCAGCCUGCUUGCCGAAGGGGCUCAAGAGUAUCUUGAGAACCAAGAAACCCCGUUCAUAGCAGCGUCGGGGCUGUUCCGCCGACUUAGAACUCACAAUGAGGUCUUUACGAUCCAGGAUACCACUGUUCUGACCUGGUCAGAGCAUAUUGGCAACGACAUCACUAGGAAUUGGGUCACGACAGGACCGUUGUUGACGGUAUCAGCACACAACCGUGGGACACCUUCAACGCAGUCUGGGAUUGGUUCCUUACGGCCUAACUGGGACAUGCAAGAAUUGACAAUGAGCCUGCUCGAUCAAAUGCGGAACUGGCAUGAGUGGUGGGCGAGGGUGAAGGAAUCGCCAGCUGAUACUGAGGAGGUAGAUUUUGGGGAGGACAUCUUUUUCUGAAAAGAGUAUCUGUCAUAGAGCAGCAUCCAAACCUUACCGCUGGAACGAAAUGCAUGAUAUCCAUAAUCACAAGCUGUU